GUUUUGUAUCAUCUGUGACUCUUAGUAAGCUUGUUAGAAGCAAUAAAAUGUUGGUCAGUUGUGAUUAAAAUUGACAUUUCGUAAUGUUUUACAAAGAUAAAAGUGAUUAUGUUACUGGAGUAUACAGAUGUAAGGACUGUAUUAAAAACUUUAAGAUAAGAGUUCGACUUCAGCAUGACAAAUCAAUGUUAAUACCACUGCCACAGUUUCAACAAGAUGAAAGUCAUGUACAAUCCACACCACAUAUUAGUACUGAAGGAUUACAAGAGACUGAGGAAAAGACGUUCUCGUGGCAAGAAAAGGUGUUCAGCCCUUUUGAGAUAUCAUAUUAUCAGUAUGCAGGGAACUGCCACACUGCACUUGAGGAAAGAUACCAUAAAGAUGUAAUAAGACUCUGUCAAGAAAAUACACCAAACAAUCGUCUUUUCACUUACACAGAUGCUGAUGACUUCACUGAUAUGGAAGAGACCAACCAGAGUGUUACAACAGAUUCAAAGCCUUUAGUGACAUCAUUGGUUGAAGGAAUGUCUGAGCUUCGACACAGGCAGAAAUUUGGCCAUAGGAAGUCUCAUAGGAAGGAUAUGUACUUUUCAAGGAGAAAUAUUGUAGAGUACAAUCCUAAUAUGGAACUUAAAAAGAAAAACCAUUUUUUACAAACGUCAUUGCAGACCUUUUAUAUCUUAGCCGAUCUGAGUGUAAAGAACAGUGAUGAGAAUUGGGUGGGAAAAUCAGAAUAUGUCCUAUGUACAAUUCGUUGGGACUCCAUCGCAGGGUUGCUUAUGGUCACGCCAGACUUUACUUCAAUUGCAUCGUCAGCAGAGCAUGUUAGCAGGUUAGACCCAUAUCGCAUUGAGGUAGAUGGUGAUGCCCGUAAUACGUAUCACUACUGGAUAGAACAUGCCUCAACUGACAUGAGCCAAGAAGAGAAGGACAAAGAGUUUGCUGUCAUCAACAAGUUAUAUGAACAUCAUUCAGAUAUUAGACAGAUGAAAGUUGGCUCAGAAUUCAAAAUGCCUCGCCAUGGCAUACUUCAGGUUCAUAUUUUGGGUGAAGUUUCAUCUGCAAAACAAUUUGAGUAUGACCACCUGUUUGUACAUUACUUCUUUGAAUUACCUAAAGGUUGGAGCUGUGAAAAUACAAAACAAUUAUCAGGGUUCACACAAACAUGCAGUACACAGCGAACAGGAAUAGCAAAUUUUAGCUAUCUCUUUGAAUUGCAGCUCAGUUUAAAUUUAGAAGUCUUGCAGGGUGAAACAGAAAUCUUGCUGUCAUGGCCACAGAUGUUUGUCGAAGUUGUGUCAAAUGACAGUUGGAACCGUUGUAGAAAUGAAGGAUAUGGUUAUGUCUCUCUUCCACCUUCGCCUGGUAUGCAUACUAUUACUGUGUCCACAUGGAGACCUCUGUCUGCAAGCCCCAUUGGCGAAAUGAGAAGGUUUUUUAUUGGCGGUUCACCUCAACUGGAAGAUCCAAGUUUUGUGGGCAUACCAUCCAAUUUUAAGGAUUCCAUCUUGAGUAAAUAUGGACUUCGUACAAUAACGAGUGGUGAUGUGACAGUGAAGUUCAAUACCAUGCACCAUUCACAAGCUCUUAUUGGAUCUAACAUAGUACAUGAUGGUGGAAGAGGUGGUGCCAGAGCCAACAAAUAUUCCUCAUUUCUGUUAGAAAGACUCAGUGCAGCAACUCUAGUCAAAAGUGUCAAUGCCGUUCUCAUCGCAUUCAAACGAGCGCGAGAAAGAAUGCUGAGAGCUCGAGAAGGACUAGAGUCAUGAUAAUUGACACAGACAUUUAGUGUCAGAGUACAGUUUUGUCUGUGAGGUUUGAUGAAGUAAGUUGCAUUCUUUUUUACUCUGGUUUUGAUAGACUGUUUUGUCAGUAGCAUGUUGCCAUGUUAUUUCCGUCCAUGUCUGACACCUCUGUACUAUGAAGCAGUUUCACAGUACCUAGCAUAAAAAAGUUUGUCCCGCUAUGUGCCAUACAGGCGCUUGGGGUGAGUGAGCAGAUUUUCAUUGCAUUUUAUUUUGAGCUGUACUGAAACUUAACACAUGAAUUUUUAUUAAUAUCAGACAAAAAUAAUGGGCGCAUUACAUGUUUCAUACGUGGAAAUAGCAUAGAAAUUAUGUGGAGAAAUCCACACCCAGGCACUUUGCCCACACAAAGGUCAUUGACCCCAGAUAACUGUCAUCACUGGCAGUAUUUGCAAAGAACCAAUGGUCAUGUUUUGACAGAACAAACAGUCUUUCAUGACUACAUACACUAUUUUUGAGGGAGCAUUCACGGGUUUGAAGUCCAGAGGCAAUAACACAGCAAACAUCUCAGAAUUGUCAUGCUUUAAUUUUUAACAUGUUUAAUAUUUUUAUAUUUGUAGUGACUCAGUUUGUUGGGCUUAAACCAUAUGUCUUUGAAUCUGUUUAUGAUAAUGGGUAACUUAGUGAAGUCCAGCAGUGUUAGGUUAGGGUAACAGAGUGGCCACUCCAUUGGACUAUGAAAACUAGUUGUAGACAAUGAAACUAUAAAAAUCUGUAUAUUUAGGUUUGUGCUGUUGCAUUUCUCAGAUAUAAAUGACUUUAUAGUCUUUAAUUCAAGUUUCAGCUUAUAUCAUAAUUCUGAUCUUAGAUUAUGAAGUGCUCAAACAAGGGACUAAAGGGUUUGUUUUUGGUAUAGUUUGGAAUUAAAAUGUAGCCAUUGA